GGCUCGGUGGAUUGUCCCAACCUGGAGUUCCAAUACGGGGAUGCUGACAGCCACGGCGUGGAGUUAGCAGAGCUGUACAGCUACACUGAGGAACCUGAGCUCAACACCAACAGGAGAUGCUUCGAGGAGGAUUUUCAUACUCAAGUGCAGGGCAGGAGGUGGCUGGAGCUGGAUGGAGCUCAGCAGAAGGCCUAUGUCAUGCACUUGCUAGAUGGGCUGGAGGUGGUCAACAGAGACAAGCGGCUCAAAGUAGCACGGGCCAUCCUCUACCUGGCACAAGGUGUCUUUGGAGACUGUGAUAAUGAAGGCGAUGUCCUGCACUGGUCUCGUCACAACAGCUUCCUCCUGUACCGGCUGGGAACCUUCACCGCCUUCCUGGAGCUCCUCAACAUGGAGAUUGACAACAGCCAGGCCUGCAGCAGCGCCCUGAGGAAGCCGGCCAUCUCGCUGGCCGACAGCACAGAGCUCAGGGUACUGCUCAGUGUCAUGUACCUGAUGGUGGAGAACAUCCGUGUGGAGCAGGAGGCAGAUCCCCCCGAGUGGAAAACCUGCCGGGAGACCUUCAGGAUGGAGCUGAGUUUCCCUGUGCACACUGAGGAGCCAUUUGCUCUUCUGCUCUUCACGAUGGUGACCAAGUUCUGCAGUGGCCACGCUCCACACUUCCCCAUGAAGAAGGUUGUGCUCCUGCUCUGGAAGGUGCUUCUGUUCACGCUGGGUGGAUUUGAAGCCCUACAGGAGAUGAAAGUGAAGAAGAGGGAGGAGCUGGGGCUGCCACCCUUGCCGGAGGACAGCAUCCAGGUGAUGCGCAGCAUGCGCGCUGCUUCGCCUCCCACCUUCUCCAUCGAGCUCAUGGAGCAGCAGCAGCAGAAGCGUGGUCACCGCAGCCGGAGGGUAAGACCCCUGAUGAAACAAGACAGUUUGGACAUCUACAACGAGAGAGACCCCUUCAAGAAUGACGAAGCAGGAGUUGAUGAAGAGGAGAACGAUGAUGUGGACAGUGGGAUCGAGGGGGAACUGGACCUGAUGGAGCGGGAUGCAAUUAUCCCCACGAUGCCUGCUCAGCGCCCACCUAUCGAAAGGGUGUCGUUCCCUAAAGGGCUCCCCUGGGCCCCCAAAGUCAGACAGAAAGACAUCGAGCAUUUUCUGGAAGCAAGCAGGAACAAAUUCAUCGGGUUCACGCUGGGACAAGACACUGAAACUCUGAUAGGGCUACCACGGCCGAUCCAUGAAAGCGUGAAGACACUGAAGCAGCACAAGUACGUUUCCAUCUCAGACAUCCAGAUCAAGAAUGAGGAGGAGCUGGAGAAGUGCCCCAUGUCUCUGGGGGAAGAGGAAGUCCAAGAAACCCCUUGUGAGAUCUUGUAUCGAGCAAUGUUAUACAAUCUCCCCCAGUAUAUGAUAGCUUUGCUGAAGAUCCUCCUUGCUGCAGCACCCACCUCUAAAGCCAAGACUGACUCCAUCAACAUCCUGGCAGACGUGUUGCCUGAAGAGAUGCCCAUCACCGUUCUUCAAAGCAUGAAACUGGGGAUUGAUGUGAACAGACACAAAGAGAUCAUUGUGAAGAGCAUCUCGGCUUUGCUGCUGCUGCUCCUCAAGCACUUUAAGCUGAAUCACAUCUACCAGUUUGAGUACGUGUCCCAACAUUUGGUGUUUGCCAACUGCAUCCCGCUGAUCCUGAAGUUCUUCAACCAAAACAUCAUGUCAUAUAUCACUGCCAAAAACAG